UGUAUCCUGUGGCAGGCAGGGCUGUCACCAUGUAUAACACAGUGUGGAAUAUGGAGCAGGAGGACACAGACUGGAGGGAAGUUAUGAUGCCUUACUCCACCGAGCUCAUCUUUUAUAUUGAAAUGGAUCCUCCAGCGCUUCCUCCAAAACCACCCAAAUCAAUGACCCCGGAGUCUACAAAUGAAAGCAAGGACUCCCCUUCACCUCUGCAGGAUGCGGAGUGGUACUGGGGCGAUAUCUCAAGGGAAGAGGUAAAUGAUAAGCUGCGUGAUAUGCCGGAUGGGUCUUUCCUAGUUCGAGAUGCAUCAACCAAAGUGCAAGGAGACUACACUUUGACCCUAAGGAAAGGUGGCAACAACAAAUUGAUAAAGAUAUACCACCAGGAUGGCAAAUAUGGCUUCUCCGAUCCUUUAACCUUUAACUCUGUUGUGGAGUUGAUUACACAUUAUAGACAUGAAUCCCUAGCCCAGUACAAUCCUAAACUGGAUGUAAAGUUGCUGUAUCCAGUGUCGAGACAUCAACAGGACCAGCUAAUUAAAGAGGAUAACAUUGAGGCUGUGGGGAAAAAACUUCAAGAGUACCAUGACCAAUACCAGGAUAAAAGCAAAGAAUAUGACAGAUUGUAUGAGGAGUAUACAAGGACAUCGCAGGACAUCCAGAUGAAGAGGACUGCCAUUGAAGCUUUUAAGGAAACAAUUGAAAUAUUUGAAGAGCAAUGUCGUACCCAAGAAAGACAUAGUAAAGAGCAUAUGGAACGAUUCCGCAGAGAGGGCAACGAGAAAGAAAUUGAAAAGCUAACGAUAAACUAUGAAAAGCUACAAUUUCGCUUGGGAGAAGUGCAUGAAAGCAAACUGCGCUUGGAAGAAGACGUGAAGCUGAAGGCCUUGGACAACAGGGAAAUCGACAAGAAAAUGAACAGCAUAAAGCCUGAUCUUAUUCAGCUGCGGAAACUAAGAGAUCAGUACCUUGUAUGGCUUAAUCACAAAGGAGUGAGGCAGAAGCGAAUAAAUGACUGGCUAGGAAUGAAGAAUGAAAAUAUUGAUGAUAUCUAUUUUUCAAACGAGGAAGAUAAUCUACCACACUAUGACGAGAAGACAUGGCUUGUGGGUGACCUCAAUCGUACACAAGCCGAAGAAUUACUUUGUGGAAAACCAGAUGGGGCAUUCUUAAUCCGAGAAAGCAGCAAGAAGGGGUGCUAUGCAUGUUCUGUUGUGGCUGAUGGGGAUGUUAAGCACUGUGUCAUUUACAGUACAUCUAGGGGCUAUGGGUUUGCAGAGCCAUACAAUCUGUACAGCACACUUAAAGAAUUAGUCCUUCAUUACCAGCAGACAUCCCUUGUACAGCACAAUGAUUCCCUAAACGUCAGGCUCGCCUAUCCAGUCUACGCACAAAUGCCCUCCUUCUGCAGAUAAAUCCUCAGAACUGAGACUGCAAAGUUGGAUAUUUGGGAUAUUUUCUACAGUUUUUAUUAGAACUAA